GCUUGCAAAUCGGAUGCGCAUAUUGUCUUUUCCUCAUCCCUCUCCCUCUUACCCUCUUUUUUAUAAUUCAAUAUUCAUUCUUCUGUGUCAAGCAAUUAAUAAGGCCAUCCCGGCGGAUUCAACCCCCCACUCCUCCAUCGUCGUCUUCUCUCCUCGAUUCCCUAACCACACUUCACUUGUGCUUCUGGGUGCAUCUCUCUUCUGCAACUCCCCUGAUCAACUUGUAAUUGCCCAUCAAAUAGCUGGUUUAAUUUUUGGAUAUCUGACUAAUCGCUCACUCCACCUUCAUUAUUGUCUUCCAGCAUGCUGAUUGAUAAUUGACCCAAAGAUUUUGCAUCAUUGGAAACCAUGAAUACCAGAGUUAGGACACGACUUCAACCUGUCAAAGCUCCAAUGACACCUGAAAAAGCAGAGAUGCAGGGAAGCUUGCGAAAUGGCACGGCAAGAGUAGCUAAAGGUGGAAAAGCAUCUAGCAGAGACAGAAAACUGGCUCUGCAACAAGAGGUCGAUAGGUUGAAGAAGAAGCUCAGGCAUGAAGAGAAUAUCCACAGGGCACUGGAGAGGGCUCUAAACCGGCCUUUGGGAGCUCUGCCUCGUCUUCGUCCUUUUCUCCCCCCUUACAUACUAGCGCUGCUGGCGGAAGUGGCGGUUCUGGAAGAGGAAAUCGCAAGGCUUGAAGAGCAGGUCGUGGAUUUGAGGCAGGACAUGUACGAGGGAGCUGUGCACAUGUCAUCUCCUAGAAGGAGGAUGGAGAAUUUAGCUCAUUUUGACAAUGCAAAUUCAAUUGACAGCCCCAAGCCUGACAAAUUGAAGUCUUUUCCCCAAACAACAGCGAAUUCUGCUACAACACUUCCGGAGGAUAAACACGGAAAAGAAAACCAAUCUUGUUCUAAUUCUUCCAAGAGAAGCAAUAAAUCAAAACGUCCAGGCCAAACGGCCAAGACUGCAAUUACAAAACUUCCCGUCGAAAACAAAUCAGUGCAGAAACGUAGAGGUCCUCCACCGAGGCAGCCUCAAGUAAGGCUGAACGACCAGCCAAUUGCGGAAAUAAGAGAUCUGAGUACACAUGAAAAACCACCCGGAGAUGAAAGCCCGAAUACAAUAUCUGAAAAUAUUGUUAAGUGUUUAUCAAGCAUUCUCUUGAGAAUGAGUUCAGUGAAGAAUACUGGGCCCGCAGAUGGUAUGCCAUACAUAAGGAUUCUGAAAACUCGAAACUCUGUUGAAGGAACAGAAUCCUGGGAUCCUUACGGUAUCUGUUCUGAGUUUGGGAAGAGGGAUAUUGGUCCUUACAAGCAACUAUUUGCAAUUGAAGCUAAAUCCUUCAAUCCAAAAAGAACCGCAAAAUCUCUGUUUUUACUGAGCCGAUUGAAACUACUUUUUCGGAAACUUGCCUCUGUCAGCUUGGAGAACCUUAACUAUCAGGAGAAGCUUUUAUGGAUCAACAUUUAUAAAAUUGUAUAUAUCAGUAGCAUGAGCAUUCGUAUGAAUGGCGUCCCAGAGAGUCCCGAAAUGGCUGUUUCGCUGAUGCGGAAGGAAUCGAAUGCAGCAUCUCUCAUAGCUGAGGAGCUGUUUGUCGAUAGCAAGAUCAAGCCCUUGCAGGCUCACCAGUUCACAUCUCUUACAAGAUGCCCGAUUGUGUCUCGUAGGGAGAGAAAGGCUGGAGAGGCGCCAGAUCCCACUCUCCUCCACAGGGUUUCGCUAUAUACAUGGGUCAAAGAGCAUGAACAAUGA